AUGGCUGUAUCGUGUUGGCCAAUAUUCGCCAACGGUUAUCAGUAUGAAAAUGAAUCACGUCUAUGUACAUUAACAUCAAAAAAUGUUCUAAUAUCAUCGAUGGCAUUCAUAACAAUAUUUUUAAUACCAUAUGCUUUUGUUAUACUGUUAUACACUUUAGUUUUAUAUUAUGCACAUAUAACUAAAUCGCAACUUCAACACGAUGAUUUCAGAAUGAGAACACUUAAGCGAAAUAUGAAAAUAUUUAAACGUAUUAUUAUACUUGUUCUUACGUUAUCAGUAGGCGGAUUUCCUUAUAUUAUAUUAAUUUUAUUAAAUUAUUUUACAAAUGGAAAUGUAUGGUGGCCAUUUUAUUCAAUUGGUGUUAUAUUUAUACCACUGUCAACUACAAUUGCGACGAUGGUGAUGUUUUUUACGAAUAAAACCGUUAAAACAUUACUCUAUACUCGUUUAAGAUAUAAUUUUCAAAAUCAACAACAACGAACAGGUAACACAAUAACAAUGAUAACAAACCCUAUUUUUCCUAUGCCUUAA